AAUCGAGCUGUAAAGAAAGAGAGAUAUAUAUUUAUAUAUAUGUAUGUAUAUAUUGUAUAUGUACGUAUAUAUCUGUCGACGUUGAGAGACGACUGAGGUAAAUCGCGAGAUACCAUUCGUGGUGGAUCCCCUCGGGGAUUCCACGAGAUUGGCCGCGCGAAGGAGGCAAUCGAGCGUGGAAGGCACGCGGAGGGUUUUAGGAUCGUGCAUUAUAUCGAGGACACACCGAGAAUCCUUGUCUCGCGACUCAUUUGUGCAACGUGCCCGAUUCAUUUCGUAAUAAACUGCAUAUAUAUCGUACCACGUGUCGCGAUGAUUCGCGACUGGUGGCUUCAAGUGUCGUGCUUCGAUCGAUGAAUCAAGCCAAGGAAGGGAGGCGUUCGCGAGGAAGGCCGAGACGGGGCAAAUAGCGUACGCAAAUACCGCUCUUACGUUCGACACGAAACUUUCAACCAUCCACAGGUGUUUGAAUCGAUCCAUUUUCGCGUGUCCUCGUGGACGUCGCGAUACGCAGUGAUCGUAAUCCAAGAAUCGCAACGUCUUUCCACACGAUUCAAUGAGGAAGCCUCGACAAAAUAAGAGAAAACAAUUUUUAUCAACCGUAAGGAAAACUCGUUGUCGUUCGCAUGUGCAUAAUUAAAGCGAGCUCGAAAUGAUAAGGGGAAUUUGCGAGAUGACAAUUUGAGAGAUCAUUGAAUUUCGUAGCAUUUAAAAAAAUUCAAAUAUCGAUCAGAGUACAAGCAAAACAAAAUAUUUAACGUAUAAUAUAAUAGCGUGACGUAAAUGUUUACACAUGGAAUAGUAAAGUAAGUAAUAGAAAUUUUCUCGUUAAGACAAUUGUGAAAAAAAUAUUGCCAAAGGAGGAAUAGUAGAGCGUUUAAUUUAAAUUUGUAACAUAUCAAUCUCUCGCAAUAUUGCAAUUAACUUUAUGUAUAGCUACAUGUGUAAACAUAGGAAUCAUAUAUAGAGAAAAAAUACAAAGAAAGAGAGAGAGAGAGAGAAAAGAGAGCAAAAUUGCAUUUGUUCAAUACGAAUCACAAUACACGAUGAUACGCGUAUCGUGAUUUAUUUUAACUUUCCUGGAUUAAUCAUAUCGCGUCUGUUUCGAGGAACAACUUCCUGAUAAUUUUACUAUUCUAUGACAGAGCACGUGUGUUUGAAAUUACGAUGACAGCGUGAGAGACAAGACUCGAUUUUUCUCAAACUUGACGCGAGAGGACAAUUUGCAUUUUCAGACGUUCAAAUGAGUCCAUACAGUGACAUGCGAAAAAUGAAAUCUGACACGAGUCCCGCGAACGUUAAGGGAAAACAGUGAUCGGCCACGGUAUAUCCUUCGCGCGCACAGUGAAAACGAAGGUACGCAUUGGCCAAGAAUCGGUUCAGGCAGAUGAAAUGUGAAGCACGAGGACGACGCAUCGUAGAUCUGGCGGGAACGAAGGCGGAAGUUGAGGAAACCGAGGUGAGAUUCACCGCAGGGAUAGCGGCACGUCGGGGGAGCACCUGGCGCGGGCCGCCUGAGAUGACGGCCUUGCGACAGGAUAUCACGGCAUCCCCGUAUAGAACCUUCCUCCUGCUGUCACUGAUCGGACUACUGCUCCAAAUCCAUUCAGCGACAGGCGGUAUAUGUUGGUCGUCUAUCAGCAACGGCCGCUGCAAGGAACUUUUAUCGCAAGGCGUCACGAGAGAAGACUGUUGCGCGUCUAACGCAGCAGCAGCGACUGCCUACUCCGAGGAGGAUCUGGAUAGCGGAAGUCUCUUCUUCUGGAGGGUUCUUGGCGGGGGUGUACAGUGUCGUCCUUGUCGAGAGAGUUGCGCGGAAGUCAAGUGCGAGGAGGGAAAGAAGUGCGUGGUGCGUAGGGGAAGGCCGAGGUGCGUGUGCAGUCCGGAGUGCAAGGCACCGCGAGGCGGUGGACCGGUCUGCGGGACGGACGGCAAGAGUUAUAAGAGCCUGUGCAGACUCAAAAAGCGAGCUUGCAAGAAGGGCAGCCACGAACUCGCGGUUGCCUACAACGGCCACUGCCAAAGUUCGUGCGCACGGGUCCGGUGCGGCCAAGGUCGGAGCUGUCUGCUGGACCAGAACCUGAGCCCUCACUGUGUGAGGUGCGCCCGCAGGUGCCCCCAGGCGCCCCCGCACCAGGUCGCCGGCGCGCGCCCCGUUUGCGGGGCCGACGGAAACACCUACAAGAGUGCCUGCCACCUGCGACUCGCCGCCUGUCGCGCAGGUCGCGCCAUUCCCGUCGCUUAUAAGGGCCAUUGCAAACAGAGCGCAGACUGUACCAAGAUACGCUGUCGAGAAGGCCAAACUUGUUUGUCCGAAAUGAAGUCUGGGCGACCACGUUGCGUGACCUGCACCUAUCGUUGCCCCCGGAAGCGAGAACGCGUGCGAAAUCGGGCGCACCGUGACAGAGAUCGGGAUCGGGAUCCAUCGACGACCAUGUUAUGCGCGACCAACAACAUCACCUAUCCAAGCUGGUGUCACAUCAUCAAGGACGCCUGCGUUACCGGCUUCGUUCUCGAAACGCGGCACGCGGGCCCCUGUAACGCUUACGACACAGCCCCUCUUUAUAUCGAAGAAGACAAUACCUCGAGCAACUAUGGGGUUGACCUGGCGGACGAAGAUACAAAAGCGGGUGAUGAUCGCGCCAAAUCCCCAUAUGGCCUACAUUCUUUACCGUUGUCGUAGCUUUAGCGUUUUCGUACUUCGAGAAACGACGUUCAUUAGCGAUAGAUGACAGCAAUGAUCCUACAGUCUAGAAAUCUAGGUGCUCAUCUCUCACGAAGGCCACGAGAAAUGGCGAGAUCGCGAAUUUGAAGAUCGACAUCGAAGCUCGAUGCAUUCGUUCCUCGGUUUCUGACAGACAUUCGGAUUAAAAGAGAGCCUACGCGAGGCUCAACUCGAGAAGAGUUGACAACGAAACGCGAAACAUUAAGUAUCUUAAUCAUUUUAUUUAAAAGCAAAAAAAAAGAGAGAAAAAAGAUAUCAUAUCAAAAUACAUUUCAAUAAAAACAUAUCUUAUUCAGGAUUUUUGGAAAAAUGCAGGAGCAGAAGCUCGUUAGAAAAGCUCGUAGGAAUCGCUUUACAUAUAAAAUACGCAUUUACUCCAACUCUCUAAAAUCUCUCAAGGUGAGAGAUAAAUAUAAGAAAUAUAAUAUAAACAAAAAAGAUCUCGCGUCGUUCAUUCCGAGAGGACUAAUGGCGAUGUCGUUCUUCCGUUGAUUAACAAAUCUGAUUCUCUCAAGCUAACGGAUAUAUGACGCAUUUCUAGAUAUAUACGUAUCUAUCGUGUAGUCUUAUAACAUAGAAAAAUUAUAUAGGAUGAAAAAUAUAAUACGAACGACCAUGUAAAACGCGUGUGAUAAUAUUCAUAAGACACCCGUUACAAGAGAAUUUGGAAAGCAAAUAGCAAUUUUUUGCAUCAAUAAUAACGCGAUACUAAAAUUUUUAUCAAAGAAAAAACUCGCACACGUUUCAUGUGGAUGUAUAAGAAAGAUAUCGUUAAAAUCAAUAAUGGAAAUAUAUUUAUAGAUUGAU